AUGCCUGUCCAAUUCACUCUUUUGUUAUCCAGACAAGGAAAAGUCCGGUUGUCCAAAUGGUACAGAGCCACGAGUCAAAAAGAAAAAUCCAAGAUCACGCGAGAACUCACAACCAUUAUCUUGUCGAGACGAGCCAAGAUGUGUAACAUUCUCGAGUAUAAAGACAUUAAGAUUGUCUAUCGCCGAUAUGCUUCGCUCUUUUUCGUCAUGGGUAUUGAUGCCUCCGAUAACGGUUUGUUGACCCUUGAAAUUAUCCACAGGUACGUCGAGCAAAUGGACAAAUUGUUUGGCAAUGUUUGUGAGCUCGACAUCAUCUUUGGUUUUUCGAAGGCCUACUACAUCUUGGAUGAAUUGAUACUAGAUGGUUACGUGAUGGAGUCAUCCAAGCGAGAGGUGAUUAAAAAGGUGUCGCAGCAGGACGAGCUUGAGAACAUGGAUGAGUUUGAAACUGUCAUGGCUUAG